UUAUUGCUUUGGUCACACUUUUUUCGUAAAAUUGAUUCCCACCUUCCCUCACGCACUUCAUUGCUUUAUCACUCUUACAUUCCCAUCUCCUUAUCUUUAAGAGGCUUGGCUUGUUUACUUCGCCUUCUUCCUCCUCCCACCGCCAAAACCCGGGAAGGGACGUUUGAACGACGAGAACGUCUUCCUUCCGGACUACAAUUCCCAUCAAGUGCCUGAGUAAUCCCUUAAGAUGCAAGGUGCGAGGCGUUUCCCAGCAUGCACCGGAGUCCUUUGCACGAACUCCAUUUCCCAGGACGCCUUGGGCGAGUGGAAGGCGGUUAAAGGAAGGCGGCAAAGUCUGCCGUGUAAACGCAGCUGCCGGGUCCGGGUCCCGCGCUUCGCGAAGGGGAUGGAGGGGCAGGUUCAGCGGCGCCAGGCUCUUUACAAGGGCGCCCGGACCCCGCCUUGGAGGGAGACCUACAGGCAGCGCUGCGUGGAGAGGCUGAAGAGCAGCCGUGCCAGGCUCUUGGACAGAUACCGCCAUGUGGGAGAAGACACAGCCCAUCAAGCGAGCAAAGCCCUCCUGGUCCAGGAAGUGAUGGAAAUGGAGUGGCAGGCUCUGCAGCCUCUGGAUUUCCAGCUGCCCCUCCCCAGGAAACAAGAAACUUCCCCUGAGCUCACUGCGAUGCUGGACGUCUUGGAGGAAAUCCAGGAGGAGCUGAUCUUGCAAGAACAGCUGGCCGUGGAAGAGUACGAACAAAGCCUGCGCUUUGACGAGGAGUGCCUGAGUGCAAUCCUGGAUGGCUUGGAUGCAGAGCGCAAGGUCAUCUGCCCGGUUUGCAGAAGGAACGAUCUCUGUGUGAUGAGUCACUCGGUUGUGUGUCCGUGUGGGCUUUCCAUCAGCACGCAGGGGAUGACCAAGGAGAAGCUCUGCUCCUCGCUAGAAGACAGCGUGACGGAACAUGGCCGCCACUGUCAGCGCUGGCCUGAAUUUGCUGUAACCAGCUGGGCGGAAGGCGAAGCGCAUCUCCUCAUGAGCUGUAAGGUUUGCGAUUCAUGGACAGUUAUUUUGUAGCCGUGGCUCCAUUUUUCAGCACUUUGCAGGAAAGCAGAUAACUCUCGAGUCUUCUCCCCUGCCCCCUUCUGAGAAGCGCCUUAUCUACGUGUGGGUUUAAUACACACAAAUGUACAUAAUGUCAAAAAGUGCCCUUUAUUGAUUCCUUAACUUGAUGCAUGUUGUUUAUGGUGGUUCUCGGUUGAACCAAAAUACCUUUCAGUGUUGAGAGAGGGUGGGUCUUGGUGCACAUGGAACAAACGGGAUAUUUAGUUUUCCUGUUCUGUGACGUUAAGUGGGCGCAGCUGCUUUGAAAUGUUUAUCCAGGUUUCACUGAUCCUGCUAUUAGAGCAGGGAGUGUUCCUCAAAGUGCUUCCUUUUCCUGCUUAAAAAGUGCAAGGUUCACUGAAAUGAAGGUAGGAUGACAUGAGAUCAUGAAAACCCACCGGGUUGAUGUGUCAGAACCCACCCCCCUAAGGCAGACUCAUGUCACAUAUACAUCCUUUUAAUAAUAAUUUGCGAAUAAAGUUGGGCUGCAACUGUCACUGUCCAGUUUUCUCUGAAGGAACCAGACUAAUCUUGAAUUAAAACAAGCACUAUUGCCUCCUCGUCAUUCAGGGAACCACUGAACUAAAUUCCAAAACCGGCAUUUGCAAUAACUGAAAAGCAUCUGAAGAUCUUUAAUACACCGUUUGCACUACAAACUCUCUAACGUCCAGCAGUUUUUGAAGGCAGAGCUUUUACAGGAUAAUACUACACGGUUUAUUCGUUUUCAUAUCAAGUGUCCCAGUGUACAAGUGCCAAGUAUGUUUGGACUUGAGACAUUCAAGGAAGCCUUCAGUCCAUCCAAGAAAACCAUUUUGCAGUGAGCUUUCCAUCGAGAGGCCUGCUUCAAACAGAAGAAACACCGGUGAACCAAGAGUUGCAUGAGGGGAAAAACACGUUGAAUUUUUCAGUAUCACCGGAGGACACUCAGAGAAAAAGGAGGAUGAACUCUCCCAAUAUCUGAGGAUGGUUAGGGUGGCUUUGGUAUAAAUGUAGAUUUAAAAACCCCAAUACAGGUUGGGAAAGAUCAAAUGUUUUUAUUAUGGGUGUUUCAAUGGGAAAAUUUGGAUCACCAUCAUUGUUUAAACAAAAGAACUGAUGGCUUACUGGUGUCUACAAAAGGAAACAUGAAGGAAAAGCUAUUAAGUGUGGAAGAAAAUCUCCAGGUGUGGCACACCCCUAGCAUGAAUGGCAAUCCAUAUUCACACCAUACCCUUAAAAGUGCUAUGAUACUUUAAGCAGCCAUGGCUUCCCCCAAAGAA